AUGAACGAACGAAUUAUAAAGGAAAAGUUAUCAGCAUCAAUUAAUCACCUGAACAAGAGGAGACUAAAAUUUGAUCUGAAGAUAUUUCCCAUAAAAAAAACGGUGUAUGAGAUUUUUAAUAUUUUUUCCAAAGAAUUAAAAAAAAAGUUUAGUCAAACUUUGAGAGAGUUAAAGAAGAGGAAAAAGAAGUGCGACGUGUGUUCGGCACCAAUUGAUGUCUUCACUCCGUUUCUCGCUUAUGAGAUUGACGUGAAUAACACAACGUUCUUGUUCAGCAGGAUAGAGGCCUACUGCUCCAAAUGCCUUGAAAUAAAAAACUUCACCCAGUUUUCCCGAGAACUUUACCAAAAUGUAGACGCAGGGGAGCUCCUCAACUUCGCCCCCAUGUACGAGCAUUACUAUCAGGUGAACAAUUUGGAAAUCCAUCAGAAGAACAUUCUCCAAAAUGACAUAAACAAUUACUUCUGCGUGUCCGUUCUGGCGAAGAACUUAAGGUGGACGUGCUCCACGCCGCAUAGCACCUUCGACGAGUUCCUAGAGUAUUCACUGCGCAGUAUAGAGGAAGAAGAGGGGCACACCCUGAACGAGGAUCUGCCGAAGAAGAGGAAAACGGAGGAGCCAGAACUAGUCGACAUUUUAAGCAACACCAAAAGGAAGAAGGUUCUCAGCAUAUAA